CCCGCGUAAGAGUGUAGUUGCGAGUUCUCUUCUCGCGAGGUUUCUGAGCUCCCAUCUUUGUUGUGGAAGGCGGGCUAGAGCGGUCGAGUACGGGGGCCGGAGAGGUCCUAGCCAAGGGGCCCAGCUGCCCCGCCGGGCCACGCAGUCCCUCCCCCCCGCUCAGCAGCUCCCGGCUCACGAAAUGGGGUUCCUCAAGCUGAUCGAGAUCGAAAAUUUCAAAUCUUACAAAGGGCGGCAAAUAAUCGGGCCCUUCCGGCGCUUCACAGCCAUCAUCGGGCCCAAUGGAUCCGGCAAGUCAAACCUCAUGGAUGCCAUCAGCUUUGUACUUGGGGAGAAGACCAGCAAUUUGCGAGUGAAGACCCUGCGAGACUUGAUCCAUGGAGCCCCUGUUGGGAAGCCAGCUGCCAACCGGGCCUUUGUCAGCAUGGUCUACUCUGAAGAGGGUGCUGAAGACCGCACCUUUGCAAGGGUCAUUGUGGGAAGCUCAUCGGAGUACAAAAUAAACAACAAAGUCGUCCAGCUGAGUGAGUAUAGUGAGGAGCUGGAGAAACUGGGCAUUCUCAUCAAAGCUCGGAACUUCCUUGUCUUCCAGGGGGCAGUGGAAUCCAUUGCUAUGAAGAACCCCAAGGAGCGCACGGCACUCUUUGAGGAGAUUAGUCGCUCAGGGGAGCUGGCCCAGGAGUAUGACAAACGCAAGAAGGAGAUGGUCAAAGCAGAGGAGGACACCCAGUUCAAUUACCAUCGGAAGAAGAACAUUGCAGCUGAGCGCAAGGAGGCCAAGCAGGAGAAAGAAGAGGCGGAUAGGUACCAGCGCCUCAAGGACGAGGUGGUCCGAGCUCAAGUCCAGCUGCAGCUCUUCAAACUGUACCACAAUGAAGCAGAAAUUGAAAAGCUGAACAAGGAGCUGGGCUCGAAGAACAAAGAGAUUGACAAGGACAAGAAGCGAAUGGACAAAGUGGAGGAUGAGCUGAAGGACAAGAAGAAGGAGCUGGGCAAAGUGAUGAGGGAGCAGCAGCAGAUCGAGAAGGAGAUCAAGGAAAAGGAUUCAGAGCUGAACCAGAAACGCCCCCAGUACAUCAAAGCCAAAGAAAAUACGUCUCACAAGAUAAAAAAGCUGGAAGCUGCCAAGAAGUCCUUACAGAAUGCCCAGAAACAGUACAAGAAGCGCAAAGGUGACAUGGAUGAACUGGAGAAGGAGAUGCUGUCUGUGGAGAAGGCCCGACAGGAAUUCGAGGAGCGCAUGGAAGAAGAGAGCCAGAGCCAAGGCCGGGAUCUUACGCUGGAGGAGAACCAGGUGAAGAAAUACCAUCGGCUGAAGGAGGAGGCCAGCAAAAGAGCGGCCACUCUGGCCCAGGAGCUGGAGAAGUUCAACCGUGACCAGAAGGCCGAUCAAGACCGGUUGGACCUGGAGGAGAGGAAGAAAGUCGAAACUGAGGCAAAGAUAAAGCAGAAAUUGCGGGAGAUCGAGGAAAACCAGAAGCGCAUUGAGAAGCUGGAGGAGUACAUUGCUACUAGCAAGCAGUCCUUAGAAGAACAGAAGAAGCUGGAGGGGGAACUGACAGAGGAAGUUGAGCUGGCCAAGCGCCGGAUUGAUGAGAUCAACAAGGAGCUGAACCAGGUGAUGGAGCAGCUAGGGGAUGCCCGUAUCGACCGACAAGAGAACAGCCGGCAGCAGCGCAAGGCCGAGAUCAUGGAAAGCAUCAAGCGCCUCUACCCUGGCUCUGUGUAUGGACGUCUCAUUGACCUCUGCCAGCCCACCCAGAAGAAAUAUCAGAUAGCUGUCACCAAGGUGCUGGGCAAGAACAUGGAUGCCAUCAUUGUCGACUCAGAGAAGACUGGCCGGGACUGCAUCCAGUAUAUCAAGGAGCAGCGGGGAGAGCCUGAGACCUUCCUGCCCCUUGACUACCUUGAGGUGAAGCCCACAGAUGAAAAGCUCAGGGAGCUGAAGGGGGCCAAGCUGGUGAUUGACGUGAUCCGCUACGAGCCUCCUCACAUCAAGAAGGCCCUGCAGUAUGCUUGCGGGAACGCUUUGGUGUGUGACAACGUGGAGGAUGCCCGCCGCAUUGCUUUUGGUGGCCAUCAGCGUCAUAAGACUGUAGCCCUGGAUGGAACCCUGUUCCAGAAGUCAGGGGUGAUCUCCGGAGGUGCCAGCGACUUGAAGGCCAAGGCUCGGCGUUGGGAUGAAAAGGCUGUGGACAAGCUGAAGGAGAAGAAAGAGAGGCUUACAGAGGAGCUGAAGGAGCAAAUGAAGGCCAAGCGGAAGGAGGCAGAGCUGCGCCAGGUCCAGUCCCAGGCCCACGGCUUGCAGAUGCGCCUGAAAUACUCCCAGAGCGACUUGGAGCAAACCAAGACCCGCCAUCUUGCUCUCAAUCUCCAGGAAAAGUCUAAGCUGGAAAGUGAGCUGGCCAACUUCGGGCCCCGCAUCAACGACAUCAAGCGCAUCAUCCAGGGGAGAGAGCGAGAGAUGAAGGAGCUCAAGGAGAAGAUGAACCAGGUUGAAGAUGAGGUAUUUGAGGAGUUCUGCCGGGAGAUUGGGGUGAGGAACAUCAGGGAGUUUGAGGAGGAGAAGGUGAAAAGGCAGAACGAGAUUGCCAAGAAAAGGUUGGAGUUUGAGAACCAGAAGACCCGUCUCGGUAUCCAGCUGGACUUUGAGAAGAACCAGCUGAAAGAGGACCAGGACAAAGUCCAUAUGUGGGAGCAGACGGUCAAGAAGGAUGAGGCUGAAAUAGAAAAACUCAAAAAGGAAGAACAGAGGCACAUGAAGAUAAUAGACGAGACGAUGGCGCAACUGCAGGACCUGAAGAACCAGCACUUGGCCAAGAAAUCAGAGGUGAAUGACAAGAACCAUGAAAUGGAGGAGAUCCGCAAGAAGCUGGGCGGAGCCAACAAGGAGAUGACUCACUUGCAGAAGGAAGUGACCGCCAUAGAGACCAAGCUGGAGCAGAAACGCAGCGACCGCCACAACUUGCUGCAAGCCUGCAAGAUGCAGGACAUCAAACUGCCCCUCUCUAAGGGCACCAUGGAUGAUAUCAGCCAGGAGGAGGGUGGCUCCCAAGGAGAGGAGACUGCCAGCAGCUCUCAGAGGACCUCCAACAUGUAUGCACGAGAAGCUCUCAUUGAGAUCGACUACGGUGACCUCUCUGAGGACAUGAAGGACGUCCAGGCUGAAGACGAGAUCAAACAGGAAAUGAACCAGCUACAACAGAAGCUGAAUGAGCAGCAGAGUAUCUUGCAGCGCAUUGCUGCUCCAAAUAUGAAGGCCAUGGAGAAGCUGGAGAGUGUGCGGGACAAGUUCCAAGAGACCUCUGAUGAAUUCGAGGCUGCCCGGAAACGUGCCAAGAAGGCCAAGCAGGCCUUUGAACAGAUUAAAAAGGAGCGCUUUGACCGCUUCAACUCCUGUUUUGAGUCGGUGGCCACCAACAUCGAUGAGAUCUACAAAGCCCUAUCACGCAACAGCAGUGCCCAGGCUUUCCUGGGCCCAGAGAACCCUGAGGAGCCUUACCUGGAUGGUAUCAAUUAUAACUGUGUUGCUCCGGGCAAGCGCUUCCGGCCCAUGGACAACCUGUCUGGUGGGGAGAAGACAGUGGCAGCCUUAGCUCUGCUCUUUGCCAUCCACAGCUACAAGCCUGCUCCCUUCUUUGUCUUGGAUGAGAUCGAUGCAGCUUUGGACAACACCAACAUUGGGAAGGUGGCCAAUUACAUCAAGGAGCAAUCCACCUGCAACUUCCAGGCAAUCGUCAUUUCCUUGAAAGAGGAGUUCUACACCAAGGCUGAGAGCCUCAUUGGUGUCUACCCAGAGCAAGGAGACUGUGUCAUUAGCAAGGUCCUGACCUUCGACCUCACCAAGUAUCCUGACGCGAACCCGAACCCCAAUGAACAAUGAAAGAGGAGAAACCGGACUCCAGCAAUCAUCAUUUCACAUAUUUUUCUCCCCACCUACCCCCCUUUCUGUCCUCCAAAGGCCUUAAAUUGUUGUCUGCCCUUUAUUUAUCCUACAGAAUUUUUAGUGGGUUUUUUAAUUAUUAUUAUUAUUAUUGGGUGGGGUGGGGGAGGAGAUGUGCCUAAAAAGGUCAAGGCAUAGGGGUAUCACUGUUGGGCAUAAGGUAUUAUCUUUGUGCCUUCCAUGGCAAGUUGUUCCCCAUCAAGCUUGCAUCUCCCUCAAACUGUAGCUAGUAGAGCAUCCCUUAUUUUAAAUACAGUGUCUAGUUGCUUGGCGGAGUGGCGGGGAGAAGAAAAGGGGGAGUGGUGUUCCUCCCAUGUAAUUAAAUGUGCUUUUAAAACUGUUUUUAGGACCAAAAUCAUGGUGGGUUCAUAAGGCUUCCUCUUGUUCUGAGGUCUUGCCUUUUUGAGCUGCAGCUUUAGAUCUUGCUUUUUUUCUAACCUGGUAUCAUGUGUACGUGUGCUGUGUGUGUGAUUGAAAUUAAAAUGUUACUUCCA